AUGGUUGUCACGCGCUCCCAGUCAAGAAGGGAGGGUGGCUCUCCUCCUCGCCCGCACCGUGCCGACGACAACAAUGCGGCAGGGGCACUGCGGGGCGACGCCGAGCAGGAUCCUCCGCAGGAGCGUUUGGGGCGCGGUUGCCGCAUUCCUCGGGAGCCUCCCGCGUCGUACGAUACGAUGUACGUCAGGAAGGUGCUACUGCCACCUGGGAGACGUCAUGAGGAGGGAGAGGAGGAAAUACACAUCAACUCCCGGUACCCGCAGCGCGAUGCGGCAAGGCGGGCUGUUAUUAGGAUGAGUUCAACGCUGCAUUCACUGGGCAUGAAUUCCGCGCGAGUUUCUGGGGCCCAGGAGGGCGGCUACAACGACGACGACGACGAGGGCGACGAUGAUAAUGGCGAGGACGAUGGUAGCAGCGCAAAAAACUGUAGUGAGGGCUGCGCGGCGUCCUUGCAGCCACGCGGGAAGAAAGGCAAUGACAGCCGGUUGAGGCAGCUGCUACGAAAGCGCGGUCGCGAGCCAUCGAUUGACUCCUCCAUCACAGAGGUCUCCCUGCGGGAGGAGACCCAGGAGCGGGGAAACGAGGUGGAGCAGGCGCUGCUUGUGGAGCACUCAUCCUCGCUUUCCUCGCUCACAGGGCGGAUGAGUGAGAGGGAGAACCGCCGUGUGAGCAGGAACGCCAGGGAGAGUACAAUACGGCAUAUUCCAAUAAACCGCUACCUUGACGAAGUGAUAGAGGCCACUGACAACAACGCCAGGAAGGAGAAAAAGCGCAGAGGCAAAAGUCAUCGCCGUCGCAUGGAGGACGUGUUUCUCGGCCUCGAUGCGGCGCAGACUGACACAAUGGAUGCAGGGAAAACGGGCGAGGGUCCGUCAACGACCGAGACCCCUGCCCCGCUUGGAGACAUCACCCCGCUGCACAUUGACAGGUCAGUCUCAUUUGAAAAAGUAGGAGGACUCUCUGGUCAUAUUGUCUUGCUGCGUGAAAUGGUGCUGUUUCCUCUCUUGUAUCCAGAUUUGCUGCAGACAAUGAACUUAACCCCGCCGCGUGGGGUGCUCUUCAUUGGUCCUCCAGGAACAGGCAAAACUCUCAUGGCUCGAGCCUUGGCAAAUGAGGCUGCAAGCUGUGCGCAGCGCAAGAUCUCCUUCUUUAUGCGGAAAGGCGCGGAUAUUCUUUCCAAGUGGGUUGGUGAGAGUGAGCGACAGCUGAGUCUUUUGUUCGAGGAGGCAAGACGCCGUCAGCCGAGUAUUAUUUUUUUUGACGAGAUCGAUGGACUCGUGCCGGUGCGCCAUGCCAAGGCGGAGCAGUCGCAGGCGGCGCUCGUCGCCACCCUUCUUGCCCUCAUUGACGGAUUGGACGACAGAGGUCAGGUUGUUGUUAUCGGCGCCACAAAUAGGCCCGAUACAAUUGACCCGGCCCUGCGCCGACCGGGGCGACUCGAUCGCGAGUUGCACUUCCCACUUCCCGACGCCGCCGCGCGUCGGCACAUCCUCUCCAUCGUGACGAAGCCGAUAGUGCCCCUGGAGCAUCCUGAGCGGAGUGUGAUUCUGGAGGAGCUUGUCGCACGCUGCGAGGGGUGGUCAGGGGCGGAGAUUCAGGCCCUCUGCACAGAAGCCGGACUGAAUCGGCUGCGAACAAGCCUGCCCCAGCUGUACGUCACCAGCCGUAAGCUACAGAUUCCCAACAACGCCCUCAGCAUACAAAAGGAGGAUUUUUUAAUUGCCAUUCAUCGCUUCAAAACCUCUGUGCGUCGCGGGGCUGAUAGUUUUUCAAAAGGCCUUGAAGAACAUCUUGAACAUUUGCUUCACAGUACUCGAACGGAAUUGGUGUUGCACGUGGCAUCGCUUUGGCCGAGUGCAGCAACGGCACUUGCACGCGAGCGAAGGGAUUGCAGUGACGCGAGCGAUGCGGUACGAGAGCUGAGUGGUUUCCCUAUUCCCCAUACGGCACAGCCAAUACUGCUGUUUUUAACUCCCUCCCCCGAGAAGGGUUUAUGCGGUGCAGAGUCGUGUGAAUUUGCCCUGGAGAAGGCGGCACUGGCUCUCAUCAAGGCACUUCCAUCAAUGCGUGUCUUUACCGUGCAUCUUCCCAACCUUGUGGUGGACCGCGGAAGUGCGGCGAUGAUGAUGACGGCUGCGGCUGCGGGUUUCUCCACGGCAGAGGGGGGCGCGUCCAACGCUGAGGAGUCCGGUCCGCCACUGAACGACUGCUUCAGCUCCGGACACAUUUAUUCACUUGUACUGGCCAUUUUGCGCUGCUCCGGUCCCUCGCUGGUCCUCCUGCAAGGGUUAGACGUGUGGCUCGCAGAGUAUGGCUGCCCCACCACUGCUGGUGGGUGCAAAGGCGACGAUGAAAGCGAUGAGGAUGGAACUCACCGGAGGAAAAAUAUGGAGUCGUUUUGCUACUAUCUUGCCCUGCUUCGUGACUCGGAUGUGCUCGUCGUCGCUCCCACGCUCCACAUGGACGUCUACGCUCGCUUUUUUGCUGAGCUGCACCCAAGCACACAAAUACGCAAGAACGCGUGCAGCAUCCCAUGCGCACCCUCUGAAGAUGAUUUGCGUCGCUUUCUGCAGUACCUGUUUCAUGUGGUGGAGUUGGCGUUGCUACACUCUGUGCCCACCGCGUGGGAGGAGUUGCUCGAUGACGUUUCGCCUCCGCCCCCGCCCUCCAUUGAAGAAGUGCGCGCGGCUCGCCAUGUCACACUUGAGCUGUGGCGGCGUGUGGAACACCGUCGGCGGCAGCUACGGUAUGUGUUGGCGAAGUGGCUGAGUCAAUACCUCAAUUCUCGCAAGUUUUCGCUUUUUUGUAGCGCCGACCUCGACCUCACGCCGGGCCAUGACCUCUACGAGGAGUGGCGGCACCACACACACGGGCGCCGCAUCGGCCUGUGUGAUGUGAUGGAGAAGCUUGAGAACGAAGAGUACACCAGCCUCUCGCAGUACCACGACGACAUCGACAUGCUCGUGCGGAACGUCCGCACCUUCUUUAGGACCCGCUCUUCCGCGGACCAGCGGUACCGGAGCCGUGCCCUUGAGCUGAAGGAGACAACCGUGCUAAACCUGUACAAGAUCAACCGCAACGUUGUGCAGUUCUGCGAGAAGCACAAGGAUCUGGCGGAGCCUGACUUGUCGCUUUCGUCUUGUUCUUCACAAGCCAGUCUACAGGCGAAGCGUGAGCCACCGACGGAAGCCCAAACUGCGCAGAGGCUUACGGUGAGACGCAGGCGUCCGCCGCAUCGCUACUAUGGUUCUCGGCGGCGGCGGAGGCGGCGGCGUCCCGUGUCCCGGGCAGCUUCCAAAUCCCGCGAAGAAGAGGCCGCGAGGAAGGCGGAGGAGGAAGCGGAGGUAGUGGAGGAGGAGGAGGAGGAGGAGGAAGGAAAAGCGGUGGCGGGCGGGGAAGCGAGUAACAACGGUAAUGAGGUCGCUGUGAAGACGGAGCCCGUUGCCACGGAGUCUCCCACAGGAGAAGCAAAGGAGGCGGACGAUCGCGUUGCCACGGUCGGAGACUGCACCAACGUCAAUAACUACACCGCCGCCCCCUCCCCUGUGACACUAGGCGGCAGGGUGGCAGAAAUAGACGCCGCUGUGCAACUGCUACGAGGUCUUUCGUUCCUUGCAUUGCAUGGUGUUUUUCAGGCUGCGAUGUCUCUGUUGGAGGCGGAGACCAAUCGACGACGCAGCCGUCAACAGUGUGCCACGGCUCCACCCUUGCCAGGGACGAGUGAAGGUGCGAGCACUCUUUUUUUCCCUUGGCUGGUGAGCGAGGCGCUGCGGACAGCCGUGGAGGAGGGAAGAGCAAACGGCGGCCAUGUAAGCGGGCACGGCCGAUAA